GAUUGCUGGCAUUGCCCUGGCACUCGCCCUCGCAUUGGGCUUUUGGAUCUACAAGAAAUUCGAUUAUGCCUCCAUUCCGGCCCCCAUUCCAUCCCCCCGUCCAGAAUGGUUGUUUGGCACACUUCGUCAGACUCACAUUAUGACUCCAAAACAGGUCCCUGCCAUGCUCGACCUUGCCAGAAAGUUUCCUAAAGUGCACAUUGCUUGGUGGGGCCCGACUUGGUCUGCUGUCGUCACCCAUUCAGACACGAUCAAACCCGUCCUGCGCUCGACCGAAGGAAAACCGUUUACCUAUGACCUCUUUCGCAAUUGGCUUGGUGACGGUCUCCUCCAUAGCUCUGGCAAAAAGUGGCACAAGAGGAGGAGGCUCUUGACCCCCGCUUUUCACUAUGAGAUUCUCAAAGGCUACCAAAAGGUCACAAACCAGUGCACAGACGUCUUUCUCGACAAAAUGUCUCAACCCGCUAAAGACGGUACUACCGUCGAUUUAUUUGCCGACGUCUCCCUCCUCACUCUCGACGUGAUCCUCCGCUGUGCCUUUUCUCACGAAACUGCCUGCCAAACCACUCCCAACAACCCCUACAUUACCGCUCUGUACCGCUACUUUGACCUCUUCAUGGACCGCGUCAAAGCACCUUGGUUGUACUCGGAUUGGAUCUGGCAGUUUAGUGGUAACGCCCGGGAGACCAAAGCCGCUUUAUCCGUUAUUCACGGUACCGCCAAAUCCGUCAUUGCCAAACGCCGCGCAGAGCUAGCCGACGCAAAAUCAUCGACGAUCGAAGAACUCCUUGCACCCUCUGAAAAAGACGACACAAUAACCACAACAAAACGCUAUCCCGACUUUUUGGACAUUCUUCUCCUCUCCCGAGAUGAGACGGGUGCACCUCUCCCCGAACAGGACAUUUUGGAUGAAGUGAAUACAUUUCUAUUUGAAGGGCAUGAUACCACGGCGUCUGGAUUGGUUUGGAUCAUGUAUGCGCUUGCAAAGUACCCCGAGUUCCAAGAAUUGGCUAGAAAGGAGGUGGAUGGUGUCUUGGAUGGGAAAACCGAGUUGGAGCAUGAUGAGUUGGGCAAGUUGCCUUUCACGACCAUGUUUGUGAAAGAGUGUUUAAGAAUGUAUCCGCCAGUCCCCCUCAUCUCCCGUCGCCUCCCCGCCACCUUUCAAAUCCCAAACACUCCCACCCUCCCCUCCAGCAUCCCCGUCCCAGAGGGCGGCCAAUGUGACAUGUUCAUCUACGCCCUCCACCACGACCCCACCCUGUGGCCUAACCCAUCCGAAUUCGACCCAUACCGUUUCACACCUGAAAACAGCGCCGGUCGCGAUCCGUACGCUUUUGUCCCAUUUAGUGCUGGCCCGCGUAACUGUAUUGGACAGAAUUUUGCCAUGGGGGAACUCAAAACUGUUACUGCGCGUGUGCUCAAGAGGUUUGAAUUGGUUGAGGAGAAAGGGUUUGAGCCGAAGCCAUUGUUUCGGUUUGUGUUGAGGUCUGAGAAUGGGGUGAGGAUUGUGUUCAAGGAGCGAAAGUAA